AUGUGCGGCAGGCAGGGAACAGCUCCUGGAGCCUGUGGGAUGCCUGGCCCUGGGCUCGCACUUCCCGGCAAGCCUGAGGGCAGGAGCAGGAGCUACCCCGCGCUCACACAGCGUGGACAGAACAGCCGAGCCCCACAGAUGUCCCCCUCCACGGCACCACGCCAUGGGCCUGCUUCUGCGCCACGGAGAAAGGCACCAUGGGCUCCAGCGACCUCUCCGACGGGUGUCCCUGAGGCCGGCCCAUCUUGUGCCCUUGGGCGCAGGGAGAGCGCGGGCCCUGGGGGCGGAGAGGGGGAUUUGGGAUUUGGGAUGCGGGAUUUGGGAUGCGGGAUGCUGGAUGCCGUUCCCGGGGGAGUCUCCGCGGCGGCUGCGGCGACCGCUGGGGGGCGCCCGCGCUCCACGCGUGGUCCCGGCCCCAAUCCCGGCCCCAAUCCCUAUCCCUCUCCCUGCCCCAAUCCCGGCCCUGUUCCCGAUCCCGCUCCCGGCCCCAAUCCUGGCCCCGCUCCCGGCCCCUCUCCCGGCCUCAAUCCCGGCCCCAAUGCCGGUCCCGCUCCCGGCCUCGCUCCCGUCCCCGCUCCCGGCCCCAACCCCGGUCCCAAUCCCGGCCCCGGCCAGUGGCGCCUUCCCCCGGACCGGAGCGCUGCCAGCGCUGAGCCUGGCCCACGGAGCGGGGCGAGACGAUGCUCCGCGGGAAGCAGGGACAGGACCCCGGCCUUCAAACACCCUGCAAAGCCCAGCGCUGCCUGUCCCCCGUCAGCCCCGGCCCUGGGGACAGUCGGUCCCCAGCCACACCAGCGGCGGAGUCGUUUAUCAGAAGCAGUGGGAAGCCGUCUCGCCCCUUUGUGCAUCUUGCGGGAUUUCUCCUCGCACAGGCAAUUGGCAAAGGCCCAGGGACACACGGGCCGGUACAGCUCAGCCCGGCCGGGCGGGACGUUGCGAGACGGCCGGGAGAGCUGCAGCCGGGCGGGAGCGGAGCCCGGCGCUGGGACGGCCCGCACGGCCCCGGCGCUGCCGGAGAAGCCAUGGGGCUCCCGGGCGGCCCCCACGCCCUGCACCCCCACCCGCGGAGGGAGGCAGAGCUCCUGCUCCGGGCCGGCAGCGGCUCUGCCCGGCAGGGGCACGGAGGGGGCCAGGCAGACACGGGCUAAAAUCGCGGUCUCCCUGGGGCGAAGGGAUCCCGGGACCCCCUCCCCAGCCGGGGAGCAGCGCCCGCCGCCGAUCCGCCGCUCCUCCCGGCAACGCCGGCACAGCAUCGGCCGCUCUGUUGCCGCUGUCCUUGCCUCAUGCCUCUCUCUCUUUGCCCGCCGACGGAAGGGCAGGAUCCGACGCCUGAGUCCCGCGGGGAUGCCCGGGUCAGGCGGCGCUGGCACCGGGCCGCUGCGGAGCCGGGCUUGCGGGGGAAGGGGCUCCGCGCCGGCACGGGCGGCCUUCCCGGCCCCGAGGGCCCUGCGCGAAAUCCCGGUUUACUCGGGGCACUUGGCCGAGUUUCGGAGAUUUAAAGCCAGAGAGGCAGCCCGGGUCGCGUCCCUUCCGAAACGCACAAUAAAUAGACACCCGCCCGCAGGAGCAGGGAAGGUGGGAGAGCCACGAUUCCCAAGACAAACCCCAACGCCCAGGCUCCGUUCUGGACGCAGCAGAAGGCCGUCGCUGCCCCGUCCACCGCCAAAAACCCUCGGGCAGUUUCCUUCUUUCCUCACCCCCCGCUCCCUGCUCCGCAAGGCGCUGGCCGGGCUCGGGCUGGGGGGAUCCCCCAUGCCAGCCACCCUCCUCCAGUGCUGUAUCUACGGCCAGAGGUUUAAGUUUAAGCCGUACAAAGCCCAGCUCUCCCGCCCGCCAGUGAUCGCUCUUCCCCGGGCCCCAUCGCCCACCGGAGGCCGUCACCAGCCUUCCCCGGCCGGGUCAGCACCCCCUCUGUCCCCCAGACCGACGGCACAGCAACAAAGAACCACCAAACCUCCGACAACGCGGCUUGGGACAACCCCGAGGCCUAGGGCCCCCCGGCAGGCAGGGUGGGCAGCCGGGGGAGAGGGUUUUCCCCCAUCGGAUCAGCCGGAGGGCGGGAAGCAGCCCCAGGGGGGCCGGUCGGAGGGCAGGAGGCCGGGAAGGCGCAGGCAGCCGGAGCAUGGAGAGGGGACACGGGGGGAGCCCCGAACUGCCGCCAACAAAGCCCGACGGAGAGACACCGCCGCCUCUGCCCCCACCGGGGCUCUCACAAGCUGCCCAGCCCGAGAGGAACACCUGGCCAGACACCAUCCCGGCCUGCCCCGCAGCCUGGGGAAUUUAGUGUCCCUGCCCGGAACUGAGAGCGAGGGAGCCCGAGGAGCUGCCGCACACCCUGACAUCCAUCUGAAGAAGGAGCAUCCUAUGGCUGCUCCAUUUCCCCCUCUCCUCUCUCUUAAAAGGGAGAUCGAAAGAGAUAAAAAGAAUGACCCCCGAACCAGCCGGCCUCCCCACAACCAGUCCGGAAGGACGAGAGAAGUCGCUUCCGUAAGGUCAGCCUCUCGCUGGGCAAAGAGCCCCGGCGGAGCAGCCCCGGCGCCUCAGCCGGGGCAGGCCGGGCCCCGAACAGCGGCCACCCUGCCACCGGCCGAGCCGGCCAUCCCCGCGGCGCCGGGCCCGCCCCGCCGAGCGAGGCACCGGCCGUGCAAGUCACCUCCUGUCCACCCGACACGGGAGCGCUCCCCGAUCGCAGGGCCCUGCCGUCAAAGGCGAAAUAUUCCCUGGGCGCCCACCCGAGUGUCCUGCAGAGGGCAGAGGCUGCUCGCUUUCCGCAGCCCGUUCCGCGGGCUAUUGACCAAGGACUUUUAA